AUGGAUCAUGUCAUCGGCGGAAAAUUCAAGUUGAGUAGAAAAAUCGGUAGUGGAUCAUUCGGUGAAAUUUAUAUAGGGAUUAAUGUCCAAACCGGAGAAGAAGUUGCUGUUAAGCUGGAACCUGUGAAGACGAAGCAUCCUCAACUACUCUAUGAAUCAAAAGUAUACAUGCUUCUUCAAGGAGGAACGGGUGUUCCACAUCUCAAAUGGUUCGGCGUAGAAGGUGAAUACAACUGCAUGGCGAUUGAUCUUCUUGGUCCAAGCUUGGAAGACUUGUUCAACUACUGCUCUCGGAGUUUCUCUUUGAAAACUGUUCUAAUGCUUGCUGAUCAGUUAAUAAACAGAGUUGAGUACAUGCACAUCAGAGGGUUUCUUCACCGUGACAUCAAACCGGACAACUUCUUGAUGGGUCUUGGCCGCAAAGCAAACCAGGUGUACGUUAUCGAUUAUGGUCUUGCUAAAAAAUAUAGAGAUCUUCAGACACACAAGCAUAUACUAUACAGGGAGAACAAGAAUCUGACAGGAACUGCUCGGUAUGCAAGUGUCAACACACACCUUGGGAUUGAGCAAAGUAGAAGAGAUGAUCUAGAGUCGCUUGGUUAUGUGCUCAUGUAUUUUCUACGAGGAAGUCUACCAUGGCAAGGUCUAAAAGCUGGUACCAAGAAGCAGAAAUAUGACAAGAUUAGUGAAAGAAAGAUGCUUACUCCUGUAGAGGUUCUUUGCAAGUCAUUUCCGUCUGAGUUCACAUCGUAUUUCCAUUACUGCCGAUCGUUGAGGUUUGAGGACAAACCAGAUUAUUCAUAUCUGAAAAGACUUUUCAGGGACCUUUUUAUAAGGGAAGGUUAUCAGUUUGACUAUGUGUUUGAUUGGACAAUCUUGAAAUAUCCUCAGAUGGGGUCUAGUUCGAAAGCAAGGCCAAAUCCAAAACCUGCAUUAGAUCCUCCAGGACCAUCUGCAGAAAGAAGUGAUAAGCCUACAGUGGGGCAAGAUCUACGAGAAAGAUUCCCAGGUGCGGUUGAAGCAUUCGCCAGACGAAAUGUAUCGAGUCCUGGCAUUCGCUCUUCUAAAGAAGUGCAUGAGUCAGCUGACAGAACAAGAAAUGAGAGUGCUACGAAAAGGGCGGUGAUGUCAUCAAGCAGCCGACCUGGCUCAUCAGGUGAGCUGUCAAGUAAACUGUUCUCAAGCGGUGCUACAAAAAUUCAACCGGGCCAAGAAACUAAGUCAUCGACAAGGCUUGGCCGCGAUGACACCAUGAGAAGCUUCAAUCUCCUUACCAUCGGUGGUGGUUCUGGAAAGCGGAAAUGA